UCAGAGAAUGAAGUCCCUUUGGAUUUGUCUGUCGAUGUCCCUUUACGUCCACUUCUGCAGUGGCGUCAACCUGGCCCCAAAGACUGGCUUCACUCUGUUGGGCAAUGAAUACUAUUUCCGGUGUGAAGUGAGAUUGAAAGUGGAUGAGGUCAGUAUUGUGGAAUCCUACACUAUGAGAUUUUCAGCUCCUGACGCGAGCUGCGAGGUGAAGAACUGGAAGUAUUGUAACACUCCGUUCCCCGAGAACCCGGUCGACGCUCAAUGUGGGUGCAUUGGCAAAACGGGCAACGAUGUCAUUGUUUACCUGUUCGCCUUCUAUAGAAAGACCAUGACCAAAGCCUACCACGGUAAACGAUUUAACUGCAGAUUUGGUGAUGAUUUGAGUGACAACCGUGGCCUCGACGUUGUAGGUUUCACCAAAAUGCCAGGACCGAUAACUCAAGUUUGUGUGGGAAACAAUUUAACUUUGAACUGGGCAUUUCUACUGAAUUACGACUUUUACCAAGUGUACACGCUGUCGGAGAUAACUUGGAAACUAGAAGAUAAUGAAAUAGGCAGAUGUUCCUUCACAGACGUGACCAAGUGUAGUGGAACUCACGAGAAGGAUAUCACAUUCAACAUUGGACUCAGUCAAGAGAUCCCAAAGCUCAUCUACCACAACAUCCCCCUGGAGCUGAGGAAGUCCACCAUCACUAUCACAAUGAAGGUGCUCUUAGUGGACACUGAAAACAAAGAUGGUCAGGACUCUUCACGCCGAGACAUCCUAGCCUUAGAAGAAGGGCCGAUCGUACGAAGACAAGCAGUUGAUAGUGAACGAAAAACGCAACUUACGGACCCUCCAACCACAGUUACUACAACAUUUACAAUUCCUCCUUCAACCACAAUAACCACGACGUCAACCACCACGACAACGACGACAACCACAGCGACCACUACCACACCGGAACCCAUCAGAUACCAGAUUAAAAGAGAACUGUCCCUGACGGACUCGACGUCAUUGAACGUUUUAGAACCACCGUCGGAAUCCCUAGGGCUCGAUUUUACCGGCACCAAGACUUUAGAUGGAAACAUUAUUGUCAGCUGUGAGCUCAGUGCUUCAGCCUCGUUGGGGAAUCCACCUGUCAACCUGUCCAUUUGGCACAACGAUGAGAUCAUUGUUACAAGGGACAACACUCAUCUACUGCGCUACAAACUCAAGGCGGCAGAAGGCAACUUGACUUGCAGCAUCGUCGGAGACAGUGCACUGUGUCUAUCUGAAGAUCUUCGAGAUAUUAAGACUCUGGAUGUCAAAGAUAUCCAGGCUGAGUCACAGGAAGCUGAAACCAUCGACUUCAAUCUCCUCAUGUAUGGGGCCGAGAUCAUGAUCUGCCUGAUCCUAAUGACCUGGUGCAUCGCUCUGAUCUUUGACCACAUACGGUUCCUGAUAAAGCGACAGAGGCGCAUACUUGAAAUGAAGCUGAUGGUGAUCGAGCUACGACAGCACAGGCACCUGUCAAACCCGGAAGACGAUCUUGAUGCUCUGGACUAGAGCCACAGAGGCGCCGCUGCCACGGAGACCCCCACCGCCGUUGCCACGGGGAAACAAUGCUGUUAAAUUCGUUAUACAAUCACUAUGCUUCUAUCUGGUGUACGGUACAUUUGAAGAUUUCGACAAAAUGAGUCAAAGCAAUGCAUCUUGGGUAUCCUGUGUAUUGAAUACUGACGUAUCAUUAGACGAAGUAUUUUUUUAAUACUUUAUAGAAUAUAAAGUGUUCACAUUUCAGCACCGUGGAAUCAAAUAUCUAGCCUCAUUCACCUGUAGCACAUAGUGAUCUGUUUUUAUGUGAGUCCUCGAUAUUGUAUAUUUUGUUUAUUUAUUUCAUAACCUCUGCCAGCCAUCUUCUUGUCAUUUUGUUACGUUUUUUUUUUUUCCUUUAGGUUCCAUUUUGUCGCUACCAAACUUCCCCAUGUAUCACUUGUGCAAACUCGGUUUUAAAAUGUAUAACGUAAUCAUUGAACAGAUUUCUGUGAUUUACGAUUAACGAAACAAAUGUUCAAUUUGUGUAAGAGAGAAGAUUAGCUGUGUGUUUAUCUCCGGCCACCAAAUUAAAAAAAAUGAAUAUUUAGGUAGAGCUCCAUGAUAUGGAUGUUAAUUGUGUAUACCAAGUAUUGCCAGUAAGUGGUUAAAAUGAAACACUCAGAAGGAUAUGUCUAUUCUGAAAUGAUUAGAAAUAAAUGCUAGGACGAAAAAUGGACAAUCCUGAAAUAAUAAGAGAAUGUAGAAUGUACCAAUACAGGUAUAGUUUCAAAUAUCACAUUGGAAAUGUAAAUAUCACAAUGUAAAAGAAGGAACAAUUAGGGGCGUUUGAAGGAGCUUAUUACUUCAUUAAUGUUAAGACCAAGAACAUUAUUUUAACUUCACGCUAAAAGCAUGUACGUAAUACUUCAAAGUACUUCAAACUAUAUGUAGCUAGGUGAGACAUUGUGCUGAAAUUGUGCUGAAAUUGUUUAGCAAACUUGUUGGACUUGUUCUUUUUAUGUUGCAACGAACUAAGUUCGUUUUCAAUGUUCUCAAAAAUGUGAUUUAUUUAUUUACUGCCCUAGACUGCAUAGCGAUUUUUUGUUAAACCACACGUGCCAUGCAUCAAUGGCUUCUGACAAUGUUAUUGACGGAAUGAUUGAUAACUGAAGCCAAUAAAUUGAUGAUUUUAUUAUCAGAUAACUUACUUUCUAUGCUGCUAAUGUUAGUGCUUUAAAUAGAUCACUAUGAAAUGAUAAUUUAUUUCAAAUUUGACUAUGUUGCCCCUUCACCAUUUACAUGAGAAAUGUCACUGCUGUUCUUAACCCCUUGUUGUCAUCAAAUGACAGCUGCUCUGUGAAACACUUUUAAAAAAUUAAUUCGCUGGCUCUAGCUCCCAUUCCGGUUUUCUCCCUCCCAAGUAUAUGGAUUGUUGUCCAAAAUUGUUUAGUAAAAGUAUACAUCGCCGUCCAAGAAUCAUGAGAAUUUGUUAUUUCGCCUGACAAGAAGUGCACAGUGAAUGUACUAUCACGUCUGUAAUAAAUUAUGA